UCUUAAUGAUAAGGGAAUCAAAAUACGAAUUACGAAAUUUUAAAUCUACAAUAAUAUCUAAAUUUAAUAAAUCUAAAAGUUUUGUAUUACUAAUACAGUAAUACACGAAUACCUACAGCAAGUUAGUAUUUAAUUGAUUUAAAAUGACUGACAAUUCUCAUGGAUUAAAUGUUAAUUAUGUUCAAUCUGAACUCCAAAAAAAUGAAAUAAAUGACGACGAGGAUGAAGACGAUUACAUUGGACCGCCUAUACCUAGUGAAUUAAAAGUAUUGGAAAAAAGUACAGAAAAUAUUUCUACUGAUGAGCAUGACAAAAAAAUUAAUGAAGAAGUUGAAAAGGUUACCCGUUCAAAAGACAUUAGCAAUGAUGACAAUGAAAGCAGUGAUGAUGAUGAUGAUGAUGAUGAUGAUGACGAAGAUGAUUCAAAACAGAUUAAAAUUCCUAUUGAAAGUCAAGUGUCUUUAAAUCAUGGUAUCAAAGCAGUCACUGCACUUUGUAUAGAUCCUCCGGGAGUCAGGUUGGCUAGUGGAUCUGUUGACUAUGAAGUGAGACUUUGGGAUUUUGCUGGUAUGGACCAAACACUACAGAGUUUCCGCACUCUAACUCCUUGUGGCAACCAUCCAAUUAAGUUUUUAAAAUACUCACCUACUGGAGAUCGUCUUUUAGUUAUUUCUGGUAUGUCUCAAGCUAAAGUAUUAGAUAGAGAUGGUCAUGAACUAUGGGAAUGUGUCAAAGGUGAUCAAUACAUUUCAGACAUGGUGCGUACCAAAGGUCAUACGUCUCCGUUGACUUGUGGUACAUGGCAUCCGAGACACAAAGAAGAAUUUUUAACUAGUUCAGAAGAUGGAUCUUGUCGUAUUUGGGAUAUGACUAAAAAAGAUAAACAUAAAAGCAUAAUUAAAUGUAGAGCCAAAAAUGGUUUAAGAACAAUACCAACUACUUGCAAUUAUAGUAAUGACGGCAAAUUAGUUGCCUGCGCAUGCAGAGAUGGAUCAAUUCUUGUUUGGGACACCAGAAAACCAAGUUUUGUGAAUGCCACAUUCACAAUACGAGAUGGCCAUUUAAAUAACUCAGAUACUUCUUCUAUUGUAUUUUCUUAUAGAGACACAUUAAUAUGUACACGUGGUGAAGGUAUUGAUGAAACAAUGAAACUCUGGGACAUAAGGGCCUUUAAGAAACCUUUACAUGUAGUUGAUGGACUCUAUUCUAGGUAUUCUACAACAGAUUGCUGUUUUAGUCCAGAUGAUUCAAUAGUGGUAACUGGUCACUCGGUACGUCCCAAAGAACAAGGAGGACAUUUAAUGUUUUACAAUACAAAUACAUUUGAACUUCUUGAAAAAGUUAAAGUUUCUGAAACACAUUCCAUAAAGGUGUAUUGGCACCCUAAGCUUAAACAGUUAUUCGCUGGUUGUGGUGAUGGAACUGUGAAAGUAUUCUAUGACAAAGUAAACAGCCAAAGAGGUGCAAUGCUAUGUGCUUCAAAAGCCCAUACUAAAACCAAACAAAUGGAAAUGGUACCAACACAGCAAAUCAUUACACCCCACGCUUUACCAAUGUUUAGACAAGAUAGAAAUAAAUCGUUGAAGAAACGUAUUGAAAAAGAUAGAUUGGAUCCAAUGAAAUCAAAGAGGCCAGAUUUACCAAUUAAGUCUGGUCAAGGCGGUCGUGUUGCUGCAUCAGGUAGCACCCUCAGCUCAUAUGUUAUUCGUAAUUUGGGAUUAAGCAAACGAGUAGAAGAUGAUCAAGAUCCACGAGAAGCAAUUUUGAAGUAUGCUCAAGAUGCAGCUGAUAACCCAUAUUGGAUUACCCCUGCAUAUGCUAAAACACAGCCUAAAGCUGUCUUAAAAGAAUCAGAAGAUGAACCGCAAGAAAAGAAAAUUAAAUUUGCAAUUGGACAACCCAAACAGUAACCAAGGAAAAACUUACGACAUUAUACGUUUUCUAAAAAAUACAAUGAUUUUAUUAUUUUUAACACUACAAUAAAAUUUUAGUUAUUGCAUUUAUGUGAAAUGUAUUCAGUCUAAGAAUAAUAACAAUACAAUAAUGCAAUUAAUGAAACAUU